AUGGCCUUUAGAAGACCCCUCGGGAGGCCUCACAGCCAGACCUUUAAGUCCAGAAAUAUACAGACCCCUAUGUACCAGGAUGACAUUUAUGAAUUGCGUAAUCUUGAUGAUCUUCCGUCGUCACAAGCCAUCUGCUUGACCAAAUUCGCCAAGGCACACCCCCGAAACAAAGGCAAUAAGUCCUGGAAGCCUUUGCAACUAGAAAGCACCGAAGACAGCGGUAGCAAGGACAGUCAAACCCCCAUGACCCUCUUCGGACCGGGCCAAAGCAAGCCUCGCUCUCGAUUAUCUGCCCUUCAUCGUGCGCAUAGUGGUGAGUGCAAUUUGAACAAGCACAGUGAAGGGUCCUCGGCAUCCUCCCAGUUUCAUUCGCAAUCGUACAAUUAUAGUCCAGUAGUACAGUCUGGGGAAGGGGCAUGGCCGACGAACGCAGACAUUAUUCACUACCAAGAGAAUCCUCUUAAUUAUUCCCAGACCUACGGCUACUCCUAUCCGUACUCACAUUCACAGCAACAUAGCUGCAUAUCGGAGAGCCCAUUCUUGACAGAUGAUGGCUAUCACAGCUCGGAGCACCUUCCCUGGUCGACAGAUUUACAUUCGAUCUCCAGUGGGCUGUCUUUCAUGGGUGUAUCGCAACCCAACCUUUACAACCAGAACUUCAUAGCUGAGGGUAAUAUCAUGACGGACUCCUCCCUGAAUAUCUACAGCGCCAGUUUCGACACCCCGGGCAACCGGUCUCCUUACGAAUCGGUACCUGUUCACUAUGAUCAUACUGUUGCUCAUGAGAGCUUCUUGACUCUACAUCCAUCGCUCUCAGAGCCACAUGAAGAUCGAUCGAGAGAUUUUUCAUCUAUCUCAUGGGAUCCCUCUCUGGGUGCUGGGCAUGAGCAUGUAUCGAGCUCUAAGCCAAGUACACCAGUGAUGGAGUGUCAGUCACAGACGUCGGAAUUGUCCCGCUCUCCGCUUUCGAAUGAUAUAGAUGCCCCACAGAUGCCUCGUGCUGAUACCCUAUACCCUGAGCUUGAUAGCCCUUUUGAAGAUGACGAAGGCUAUACUAACGAAGAAAAGCUUACAUUGCUUAAAAGUGCUGUGUAUGAGCAAAUUUCUGCGGAACAGGACAACGUCUCGGCUGCACAAAUGGAAGCAUACGAUGCACACAUCCAGGGAACUACGACUAUGGACAGCUCGUAUGCACGUGUUCCUAAUCUAAGCGGCGAGUCAGCAACCACAGAUUCAAUUAAUUCGGGAAAGGUAGAUUUCAGUGCAAAUUGUCAGUUAGAAGUGACUGAGAAACCGUUAGGGUUAAGUCCUAUCUGGUAUGAUUUUACUGAAAGAUGGAAGGGAACUCCCGCGACAGGCUUUCCAGGAUAUUUAAACCUAAUGACCAGCAAACGCAUAAGACCUCCACCUGGGCUCUCCGAGCCAGUGGUACAUAAAACAACAGCAUGGCCUUUGCCUUACAGAAAUGAUCCCUUGGUGACUGAGAAACGACUUGAUGAAGCGAAUGAAUGGUUCCGUAAAGAUGCCCGAGGCCAGGAGCAACUUCGGGGGCAAGUCACAGACAUCGCGCAAAACUACGCCGAAAUGAUUGAAGGGUUUAGUGGAGCAACUCGCGCGUUGCAGGAAAGUACAGCUGCCAAGCAAAUGAUUUUACUAAUAGGCAACGUCAUCGUUAAUCUACAUUUCUACGUCUCUGAGGGCUCUGAGAGAGAUGCAGCUGAUUUUGCAAACUUUGAAGAUGUGGACAGUUGUUAUUGCGAACCCAGUCUUGGUGGACGACGCAGCUAUUUCGAUCGAGACCCCUCCGCUGGCCACUGGAAGCUUCGUUUGGGUCGGGCUCCUUCGACUAUGAGCUACCUGCCAGAAUCCAACCUUUCAUCCUCCCACACCAGAGCCCCUUGA